AAACAGCGCCGCUCACGCAGCUAGCGCGGCUAAGCUAACUGGACCACCGAGGAGGGCUGUUUUGAAGAUCCCGACAAAAGCCCGUCAGUCUUACGAGCUGUUUUGAAGAUCCCAACAAAAGCCCGUCAGUCUUACGAUGACGUACAGGAGAGACAGGAGUAUACGAGAAGUGUACGAUGAACGCUUUUUACCAGAUAGGCCGGGUCCAUACCCACGGCCAGGUGGAGGAGGGGAGAGGAGAGGCCCCUUUGGCAGGCCAGAUGAAGAAUACGGCCGUGGGGGGUAUGAAUAUGAAGGGGGCCCCCGUUUCUACCCAAACGGAGGGGGCCCCCGAGGUUAUCACGAAGACCAGAGGGGCUACCAAGGUGACGGUCACCAUUUUCCUGCUGAACGCAGAGGCGUUCCACCAUCACGGAGGCACGGCAGUGACGUAACCCUGGCAACGCAGCACUGCCCAAAGGAGGACUAUUCUUACAGAGGACAAAGGGAGGAGCCUAACGCAGGUCGGCCUAUGGAGUUUAGUGCCCGUGCGCCGCCGCCGCCACCGCCGCCUCAUAGCGUGCGAAACCAGGGCAUCUAUCCCGCGGCCAGGUCGCUCCCGGAGAGCGACGACACGUUGGUGCAGGCCAUCCGGAUACUGGGGGAGGAGAGGGAGACCUUCAGGAGAAAGGCGGGCUUGUUUCCUCCCAUCCGAGAGCGUUCGCCCGUGCGCCGGGAGGUGGCCCACUCCCCACACAGUCGCUCAGGUUCCAGCGUGAGCAGCCGCGGCUACUCGCCCGACAGAGCCAAGACUCUGCCUUUCCCCUCACAGCAAGGCAAGAGCGUGGAUGGUCCUGAGGGUCACACGGCUGUUUCUGAGCACCUUUGGGGGGCGCUCUUUCCUCAGAGUGGACAUGACACUUUGGACAAAAUUCCCGGCCUGUCGAGAGAAGGCUCCCCGAACAGCGCGACGUCGAACAAGGAGGAGAGCCAACCCCCUGAGGCAGAAAAAGAGGAGCCUUUGGCCCUUUCUAUAAAAGAAGAGGUCCUAAGGUCUUCAGACGUCUUUCAGGAGAGGAGAGCCCAGGCCAUCGUGGCCAAAGCUCAGGAGAUAGAGAAGGUGUACCGUCAGGACUGCGAAACAUUUGGAAUGGUGGUGAAGAUGCUCGUGGCGAAGGAUCCCAACCUGGAGAAGCAGCUGCAGGUGCCGCUCAGGGAGAACCUGGGGGAGAUCCGCGAGCGCUGCCUGGAAGACCUCAAACACUUCAUCAGCGAGCUGGACGAGGUGGUCCGGCAGCCAGAACACUCCGCCUCUGAGCCGGCGGCCGCCUCCACGUCCACGACGUCUCAUAAACUCUCAAAGACGGCGGUCAACCACAGCUCUUCUUACUGACACGCCGGCCUCAUCUGGGAGACUUGCUGGGAUUAGUGGUUUGGAUUUGGGAUUGCUGGACUCGACGUUCUCUGCAACACAGCAACCUGGAGACUCACUCGCCACAAGGGUGAACAGUGUUAUUUUUUUUGAAGAGACCAUUUUUACCGUCAAGUUGAUAUUGAUAUUUUUUUGUUGAAUAUUGUCAAAACAGACAUUUUCUUUAUUUAAAAUGGUUCAUACGGUGUUCAUUAUUUAAUCUUUUGUGGUUUAGAAAUUUGUAUUUUGUCAAUUCUAAAGCAUGAUAACACUUUGUAGUUUUUGGGGGUUUUUUUAAGCUAUGUCAUAUUCAUUUUGUAGCACUCGGAUAUUUGGGUUGGUGCUGCUGAACUUAUCGCCAUUAAAGAAAAAUAAUGUACAAAUUAUCUGUACAGUCUGGAAAAAACGAGUUGAAAUACAUCUCCUUGCAUUGUGAUUUUGCUUCUCCUGGAACUACACAGACCUGGUUCAUGGAUACGAUGCUUCACACUGAAGGCUGCAGGAAACAUUUGUCUUGCGGCAUUGUCUUAACUCGUGUUUCAUGAAUUAUGCAAAUAAAAAUAUCACUUAAGCAUUACAGCUCUAACCUUACAGGAUCUCCAUCAUUUUCUAACGUUUCGGUGGGUUUUUAGUAGCAAACCCAUGACUAGUAAGUCUAGUAAUGCUGAAAACCUCACUAUGUGUUACUUGUCAUGGUAGAAUUGCAUUAACCCUUCAAUGCCUGACAUGUGAAAUAACCCCCCCCACCCACAAUUUUAUUAAUUAUUUUCCUUUUUUUUUGAUUAUCGGAGGUCUCAGAAAUUCUUGUAUCAAAUAUGAUUCAUUUGGCGUUAGAGGGUUAUUUUUUUAUUUGAAAUGUAUA